GCUUUCUCAAAAACAGAAAGUAUAAGAUUGGAUCCUGGGAAGAAAAUCUUUUACUCAUAUCUUUCAGAUUACUGUAUUGAAAGGCUGAAAUUGACUAUCUUGUUGAAAUGAGAACCUCUGUUACAUGAUUCCCCAUUUUACUUGGGCAACCCAGUUUUUAAAACAAAAAAGCUUAAUGAAUUAUUGCAUGCAUAUGUUGCAUUAUUUUUGGUUCUUUUUUGGUUUCUGGUAUAAGUAGCUUGUGACUUCAAUCACAGAGGGUUAGGCAAUGGCUCUGUUAAAAUGUUAAUAAUUUGUACUGUCCGUCUGGCUAAUUAGAUGUGUGUGAAGAAUUUUAGAUGUUUGAAGGUAAUAAAUUAAGUGCUAAGAUCAUUGAGUCUCAAUAUAAUCAUUAGUAAAUAUUUCAAGACUCAUCUAUGUUAGUUUUUUGCGCAUGAUAGCUAGGUUGCAUAUUUCAAUAUAUAGAACUCAUAUUCUGUAUUAGAAGGAUAGUGUAGUUCAGCAGAAAUUUCUAUCUAGUGGUUAAAGAAUAAUUAAAAUAGUCCUGGCUGUCAAUAUGUAAUCUGCUCCUUGCCAUGAUGGGAUUUAAAACAGUCGCCUUCUUGUAAGUUUCUUUUUAGUGAGUAUGAAUUUAUUUUACACAAAAAAACAUGACCAUUGCAAUUUCCUCUUCUUCUGAUUUGUAUCCUGCUGUGGUCACAGGUGAAUAAUAAGGAAAGAUAAUCAGAAACAUAAAGAAAGAAAAAGGAUUCAGAGUUAGUAAAUUUGAAACAAGUUGUAUCUACAGAUAUCCAUUAUACUAUAAAUUUGUACACAUUUUCAGAAAAAGUAAAAAAUAUGUUCACAUUUAAGUAUAAACGUUUUUGCAAAACAAGAUUUGUAUUUUUUAAAUUACCAGUUUAAAAUAUAUAUAGAUUUGGCACCAUCAAGUGGUAAAAUAAUGUACUACCACUUCAGAUCAGCAGUCAGUAUCUGAGGGAGCGGUAUGCAGAACAGACAUAGUAGUAACACACAAGAACUAUACAUCUAAGAUUUGGGGGUUUUUUCAGUUUAUUCAGUUCUCUUUUUCUGAGUUUUUUUAGAUUAACUCAGACAUAAAAUUGCUGGAUUUAAGCACAUGUUUAAGAGCAAUUUUAGGAAUAGCUAUUGAUUUUUCAAUUUUAGGACUAAUCCAGUCCAAUUACCAGGAAGAUUCCUGGGCGUUUAGGGUGUAGUAAAAGAAGAAAACCUCUCCAUCUGGCCUUGAUCUGGGCUGCUCUAGAUAUUGCAGUCUUAAGGGUGAAGUAAAACUUGUGACCUUACUGCAUGUAACUUCUAUGACCCUGCUUCCACCUAUCCAUCACUUCUAGUCAGCUCAUGAAGAGUUAAUUGAUGCAAAUGGGGACCAGAUCUCUCAGAUUCUUAUUCCAUUGUAAUAAUAAUAGUAUCAGAUGUGAUAAAUACAUUGUCUCAAGAGUCUGUAUUCUAAAAAGACAGAGGAAAUAUAUGGAAAGUGGGGUGAAAGGGUAGUUUUCCCUAUUUUUGUUUUCAGUAAAAUCAUAACUGUUUCUUAGCUGGCACAUUACAUGAUCUUUAUGAAUUAGUAAUAUUGGCCAAGCAGUCUCAUGUCCAAUCUUGUAUUUUGUAAUUUUUUUUCAGUGAUUGUUGAUAAAUUUAAUGGAAAUAAUAUUACAAUUUAGUUUUCUUCUUCUUGAUUUUUUAGCAUAGCAAUCAGGGAUUUUUUCAAACGUGGAGUAUGUCUGGCAACUAUUAAGAAAAUGACAUUGUAGUAUUAUGCAAAUGUAACUUUGCCCUUUCACCAUCUCGACUAGAAUUCAUCAUAAUUUUCAAUAUAAAUAUAUUUCAAGCUAAUACAUUUAUUAAGGUUACUUAGAAGGGAGCAUCACAGAGAAUCAUUUAAAUAUACUUAUGCAGAUGAAUACAUAAAGAUUCUGAUAACAAAUGAAGAAGCUAUGUGCUUUUCUCUCAUUUUCCCUUCCAUGUAACAAUUUAAAAUCGCUCAUCUUAAAAAAUGGGAAUAUAAUUAAUAUUGUGCAUUAUUAGCAUCCGUGUUCAUUGUCUUCUCUGUUGGUUACAGAAUAAUGCUUGAACAUGGGUAACUGAAUGAAGAAAGUUUGCAAGAGACAAUUGUAAGGAGUCAGGAAGAGUAGAAAACAUAUAGAGGGUAUCACAGAGGAGUAAAACUAUUUAAUUCAUAAAAAAUUACUUAUGCUAGGACAGUUCUCUCCUGCAUUUAGAAGAGAGUCUUAAUUAAUUUGAUCAAAUAAAAUAUUGGCUGAUAUAUUAGAUAAAAUGAUACAUUAUUAAUCUUCCUAACUGGUGUCAAAAGAUUUAAAAGUUUAGCAAAAUCUUGACCUAUUUAUGUGGGAAAAAGUUGAAAUUAUUAAAAGCACCCCUUAAUCACUUUAUUACUUAAUCACUUUAUCACUCAUUAGAACUUCAUUCUAAAGAAAAGCAGCCUUAGUAGAAGAGAUCGUACAACUGAAGAAAAGGAAAGAACAGGCAUAUAGAGAAACAUCUGACAAAGAAAUGGAGAUACUUUGUGCUAAGCAGGAGUUGAAACAGCAAGAGACCAACCUGAGUAACAGUGAACAGAAAGUCCUUGCGAUACAGUCAAAGUUGAAGCAGCGGUCAGAGCAGCAGAAGGCAGUGGAGGUGCGGCUUUCUGAAAAGAGAAUGGAACUUUUGAAAUUGCAAACUGCAGUGCAUGAAACGGAGGACAAAAUACUUAAAAAAACAGCAGUGAUACAUGACCAGAUCACGCAUAAUAUCAGAGGUGAGAUAAGUUUUCUUCAUCAGCAAGUGCGAGAGAGAGAGCUACUGGCAGAGCAGGAUCGUUUCUUAAGAAACAAAAUUAUGGGUGAUUAUGCAUCCCUGACCAAAGAAAAUACUAUGCUGAGAUCCCAGCUCUUGGAGCUAAAAAAGCAACUGGACAUAGAGAGAGCACUCGGGGAAGAAAGCUAUACAUCACAUUCUUCCAGCAUUACUCAGCUUCUAACCAUGAAGGACCAUGAAGAGGAUCUACAGCGUGAAAUCAAGAGACACCAAGAGCUUUUGAUGAAAGAAAAGAACAACUUCCAAGACCUUAUGGAAAAGAUUCAUAUUUUGGAAAAAGGAAGAACAUCUCUUGACUUAAGUAUUGCAACAAUGAAUAGUCGAACAGCUGAACUGAAGGGUAUGCUGGCUAAAGAGGAACAAGAUAAUAUUGAACUGCAAAGAGAUAAAGCUUUAUUGAUUGAUCUUGUAUCUAAUUUACAAAACCAGCUUGUUGGGAGGGACAGUAAACUUUCUCAAGCCUCAGCUAUGAUGCUGCAGCUUGAUGAGAAUAUUUCAGCAUUGAAAAGGAAGCAUGAGUUACAUCAGUCUCUUCAGUCAGAAAAGUGGCAGGAAAUCUCCAAAAUGGCAAGUUCGAUGAGGAAACUCACAAAAUCUAUGACGGAUGUAGCUGAAAUCAUGGGCAAAUAUUAGGCUGUGUGAUGUGAUCAGUAGAUGUUAUUCUUUGGAUAGAAAAUCGAGCACUUUACUACAAAAUGAAUUAAUUUCAGCAGGGUAUCCAUUUUUACAAUCACAUUUGUUUCCAAAACAAUUUCAGGGAUUUAACAUAAAAGGAGAAUAUUCAUAUGUAAAUAAGCUGUUUCUUUUUCACUAUUUUUGAUGCCACCAGAAAUAUUAUAAACAAUAUCAAUUUGUUUUCUCAAAUGUAUUAGAAAAUCUAAUAAAUGUAAGUCUAGUAACAUUGUGAUAUUAUAUAGGUUCUUUUUACACAAUCAUGAAUAAGGUAUCUUAGAUGGAAAAAUAAUUUAUCUUGAAGACUUUAUUAACAAAUCAAUCUGAUGUAUUGAAAGAAAGCAAAUUUAGAUCUAAGAUAUAGGCCUAGAAUGGAUGUUUAAUUCUGCUCUGCAAAGUGUGUGACUAAGCUUUUCAAAGAUGCAGUUCAGAGGGACAUUAGAUGCACAGAGAGUAUAGAUGUCCAGUUUUCAUUUAAACAGAAAUAACUUUGAGAGAAUCUCCACCCUUCAUUUUAAAUAAGAUGUAUUAAUUGUACUCUAGUCGGUGAAAAAAUUAUAGAAAGAAAGAGAAUAAUAUUUCUGCUGUUUCACAGAGUUAGGGUCAUAUCCUGUCAUUAGUGUACUUGAUUUUUUUUAAUGCGAAAUACCCAUCAGCUUAAAAGGUAUUUUUGUACAGACCUACUCCAAAUAAGAUGUCUCUAUAUCUGCAUAUCUGUUUAAAAAGAGAUGAAACACAUAAAUCCAUUCUUUUCACAACCACUACUGCUUUCACCUUUUCAUAAAUAGUAGACUGUAACCCAAAGAAAUGUACAAAUCUCAAAGGGACAGGAUUGCUGGGAAAACUUAUUCAUAAUUUAAUAUUUUACAAUAAUUCAAACUCAAAAGUAAAAGCAUAUGCAUAUUAAAGCAAACCUUUUCUAACAUGUAUAUAAAAUAAAGCUGCCUUAGGCAGAUCUGAUGCUUUAAAGUUUUGCCCUAAAAAAGAAAAGUUGAGUUGUAGUAUGUGAGAGCAUUAAAUGAGAAAAGUAUGAGUUGUAAAUCUUGUUGGUCUAAUAAAAGAUAUCAUCUCUAGUACAAGUCCUGAUUGCCUUUUCCUCUAGACCAAUACGGCUACAACCUGGAUAGCUGAGCUGUAGUAUGGAAUCUGUACUUUCCAGUGUUCAGAAUUGUUUUCCAAUAAACAGUCAUUUUUCCUACUUGUAAAUGGUUGCUUCAAAUUACG